CCCAAAAACUAGUUUCGCUUCGACCGAACAUUCUUGGCGGAAAAUUUAAUGACUUUCUUGUAAAACUGUUCCGUAGUCGAAAUAAAAGCAAGCAUCGUUAUCGGGUGGUUAACGAAAGUUCCUGCGGUGUCCGUGCGUGUGGAAUUCCGAUGUUAAUGUGAGUAAGUCUUGUACGCUUAAUCGACUAUAUAAGCAAAUCAUAGAAGAUUUAUUGUUUACUUGUAAAAAAUCGCGUUGGUGCGAGACGACCAUCCUGUUGUCUUCUCCGUUUCGCGACUACCGGUGUACAGUUUUUCUCCCUUUAUUUUUUUCGUUCUAGCGUCGAGUGAUCGUUUGUUUACGCGAUGAAGGGUGAAGUUAAAAGGAAACGUGCAAUCGUUAGCAAAAACUACCAAAAUCGCGAGAAAGAUCUUUACGAUACGCUCCAUACCAAAGCUGAAGAUGCCACGCCAUGUUCGGCUCAGGUCUGCCUCGGAAGUGUCAUGGGGCUGCAAGGCAAAAACGAGAUACGGACCACUCAAGAUCUUUUACGUCAGGCUAAGGAUUUCUUGGAGCAAUAUUUUACAUCGAUCAGGAGGUCUCAUAGCCCCGCGCACUUAUCGCGAUGGGAACAGGUUCAGAAGGAAGUCUCGGCAACGGGCACUUAUCAACUCACCGAAACCGAGCUGAUAUACGGGGCGAAAUUGGCCUGGAGAAAUGCGGUUCGGUGUAUAGGGAGGAUCCAGUGGUCGAAGUUGCAAGUAUUCGAUUGUCGAUACGUCACAACGACCAGCGGGAUGUUCGAGGCCUUGUGUAAUCACAUCAAAUACAGUACAAAUAAAGGCAACAUUAGGUCUGCCAUAACAAUAUUUCCGCAACGCACAGAUGGAAAACACGACUUCCGCGUCUGGAAUCCACAGUUGGUGAGUUAUGCCGGAUACAGGCAGCCGGACGGAUCGGUUAUUGGCGACCCGUUGAACGCCGAGUUUACCGAACUUUGCCAAAAACUUGGUUGGAAAAGCAAAGGCACAAGAUGGGACAUUUUGCCUCUGGUUUUAUCCGCUAACGGUCACGAUCCCGACUACUUCGAUAUUCCCAAAGAGUAUAUUUUGGAAGUGCCCCUUAGUCAUCCGACAUACGAAUGGUUUGCAGACCUUGGAUUAAAAUGGUACACUUUGCCUGCUGUGGCCAAUAUGAUGUUCGACUGUGGUGGACUACAGUUCACUGCCGCACCCUUCAAUGGGUGGUACAUGAGUACCGAAAUCGGAUGCAGGAAUUUAUGCGAUGUUCAUAGAUUAAAUAUGCUUGAGACUGUGGCUCUGAAUAUGGGAUUAGAUACGAGAACUCCGGUAACUCUUUGGAAGGACAAAGCUCUAGUAGAAUGCAACGUUGCUGUCCUGCAUAGCUUCCAGGAGAAGGGAGUUACCAUCGUAGAUCAUCACACGGCUUCAGAAUCGUUCAUCAAGCACAUGGAAAAUGAAACUAGGUUGCGAAACGGAUGCCCGGCUGAUUGGGUUUGGAUUGUUCCGCCACUAUCGGGAUCGGCUUGUCCCGUAUUUCACCAAGAAAUGGCGCUGUAUUAUUUGAAGCCUUCUUAUGAGUAUCAGGAAGCUGCAUGGAAGGUCCACGUCUGGAAGAAAGGACGCGAAUCAGGAAAGAGCAAGAAACCCAGAAGAAAAUUCAACUUUAAGCAAAUUGCCAGGGCCGUCAAAUUUACAUCCAAACUUUUUGGGAGAGCACUUUCCAAGAGAAUCAAAGCAACGGUACUCUACGCGACUGAAACCGGAAAAUCCGAAGGGUACGCGAAGAAACUGGGAGAAAUAUUCGGACAUGCAUUUAAUGCUCAAGUGUACUGUAUGGCAGAUUAUGACAUUUCCAGUAUCGAACACGAAGCUCUUCUGCUAGUUGUCACCUCCACAUUCGGCAACGGCGAUCCACCAGAAAAUGGAGAGGAAUUCGCAAACAAUUUGUACACACUCAAAAUGAAUGAAAACGGUAUCACGAAUGGGGACCCCGCGAAGUUGAGCAUGGCGACUUCAAAGUCAUUCAUAAAAGCUAACAGUCAAAGUGAACUUGGAUCGGUUAAAAGGAGGCUCGAUCGUUUAAACUCGCUCAGGGGCGGCUCGUCGUCGGUGAGCGAGCCUCUGUUAGAGGAUACGUUUGGUCCUCUCAGUAACGUGAGGUUUGCCGUAUUUGCUCUUGGUUCAAGCGCAUAUCCAAAUUUCUGUGCUUUCGGAAAGUAUGUGGACAACUUACUUGGAGAACUGGGCGGCGAAAGACUUCUCAAGUUAGCAAGCGGGGACGAGAUGUGUGGCCAGGAACAAGCUUUUAUGAAAUGGGCUCCACAAAUAUUCAAGGUUGCUUGUGAAACUUUCUGUUUGGACGAUGACGACACUUUCUUAGAAGCUACAAUCAGUCUACAGAGUGAGUCCUUAACCCAGCAAAAUGUCAGAUUUAUCGAGUCAAAGAAAAGCGACACUGUGGUCGCCUUAUCCAAAUGCCACAACAGAAAGGUUGUUGCUUCGCCACUUCUGUGUAGAACAAACCUUCUGAAAGAAAACUCUUCCAAAGCUACUCUGCUUCUACAAUUAAAGAAUCACUUGCUCUACAAGCCGGGAGACCACGUGGGGGUGUUCCCAAUGAACAGAAAAGAACUUGUUGACAAAAUCAUCAGUAGACUGAAGGGUUUCUCUGACGCGGAUCAGGCGGUAGAAUUGCAAAUUUUAAAAGAGACGCAUACUUCGAACGGUGUAUUGAAAACUUGGAAACCACACGAGAGAUUACCCGCAUGUUCGGUGCGUGAUCUAUUUACGCGCUAUCUGGAUAUCACGACACCUCCGUCGCCAAACCUUCUGCAACAUUUCGCUACUAUAGCAACUGACGAAGAAGACCAAAAGAGAUUAAAUCUCUUGGCUUCGGACUCCUCGGCCUACGAAGACUGGAGGCAUUGGCGAUUCCCGAACUUAGCUGAAGUUUUGGACGAAUUUCCGUCCGUAUUUCCUCACGCGCCACUUUUGGUAGCUCAGCUGAGCAUAUUACAACCAAGGUUCUACUCAAUUUCAUCGAGCCUACUCCUCCAUCCCAACGAAGUGCAUUUAACUGUUGCCGUCGUGGUUUACCGAACUCAAGGCGGCGAAGGACCGGAACACUAUGGGGUUUGUUCGAACUAUCUCCAAGAUUUGCCAGUCGGACAGGACGUGUGCCUCUUUGUCAGAGGAGCUCCCAACUUCAAUCUCCCCACCGACCUUUCCAAGCCGAUCAUUCUGGUCGGUCCUGGCACUGGGAUAGCUCCAUUUAGGGCAUUUUGGCAGCACCGUUACGCGCAGCUCAAGUCGAAACCAAACCCGGGGAAAAUGUGGUUGUUCUUCGGUUGCCGAACUAAAGAAAUGGAUCUCUACAAGGAGGAGAAGCAAGAAAUGGUACAGGAAGGAAUUUUGGAGAGAGUGUUUUUGGCGCUCUCCAGGGAACCGACCAUCAACAAAACUUACGUUCAAGAUUUGAUUUUAAAAGACGCGGCUGAGAUUUAUAAGUUGCUGGUGAUUGAGGAGGGACAUUUUUACGUCUGCGGUGACUGCACGAUGGCGGAGCACGUGUAUCAAACAUUAAAGAAAAUCAUUCAAAAGUUCGGCGGAAUGAGCGAUAACGAAGUACAAUCGUUCCUGCUAUCUUUGAGAGACCAAAACAGAUAUCACGAAGACAUUUUCGGCAUCACCUUAAGAACAGCGGAGAUCCACAACAAAUCCAGAGAAUCGGCAAGGAUCAGAAUGGCUUCGGAACCUUAACGUUGAUAAAGUCUAGGCCAGAAAAACACUUUCAACGUCUGACCGUCUCUAUACCGUAUUUAUUAUAUCGCUAAAAGUUUAACGUUUUAAUUGUUCAAAAAUUUUAUCGAAACUUCUCUUUAUAUAUUUUAAUGUUGAAGUAAACUAUAGGUGUAAUAAUAAUCAUCUCAAAAAAUAUAUUCCAGAAAAUUUUAAUGUUCUCUAUUACGCGCAUUUUCCGAGUAGUUAGGAAGACUUACAUAUUUAUUGAAUUUUGUGAAUUUCUCAAACUAUUUGUAUAUCCGGUGAUUUAUGUAAAAAUUCGUUUAAGAUUUUACUCGUUUUUUAAAUCGGUGUUUACAAUUUUAUUGCCCGAUAAAAGUGUUAGGUUAAGUUUUAUAUUUCUAUUUAUCCGCUUGAAAUUUGUGUAUGCUUUUCAUAAUUUUAGUGUAAAUUCUAACGUACCAUAACUUGUUUAAAACGAGUUCUAUUUUAUUUAUUAUUUAUUAACUACAAUUCAAAAAUUUAAAUAAAGAUGACUCGCUAACGAAUACCUUGAAUUUUAUUAUUCGCAUCAGUAGGUAGCCUGGUUAGAGUUCUUUGAUCACAGGAGUGCAUAAAGAAUUGUUAAAUAGAUAUAUUAGCCGCAUAGAAGACCAUAGACCUCAGCAACGUCAUUGUGCUUCUUCUUGGACAGGGCACUCCGGAUAGCCUAGCGACUCCAUGGGUCGUCUCUCUGAUUACCUUAGCGGAUGGAUAGGCAAGUUAGGACGUGCAAGAAUAUCUUCUAAUUUUUCAUCUUGUUGUUUGCGCACCCACCAGACCAACAGAAGGCUGCGAUCCUAUAAACGCAGCAAAUUGGAGGCAUGAUUUCCUCUGGAAUGCCUACGUUCUUGUCGACUUGCACGUCAACGAGGCCACGGUGACAUACUGGUCCUAGUUCGGAUGUAAAACGAGGUCUAUGAACUAGCAAAACUGCUUUUCUGCCAACUAAAUAGACGCAUACAUUUUAACCAAUAACUUGGCGCCUGAUGAUUUCUUUUGCUGCUAUAGUAAUGCCACCGAACUCGUUCUGUAGCACACUAAGCAUCUUACCCCUAGUUAAAUUUGAUGGAUUUGGAAUACACUCCGCAUCCCGAUCCCUUUUUACUCUUCAAACCAUCAAUUAAGUCUACCGCCUUGGUAGGGUUUGUCGAAUAAAAUUUUUGAUGCAUUGAAAUCCGAUAUCGUCCCUUUAUUAAAUGCGCGAUUCUGCCAUGCUGCAUUUCCUGCAAUGGAAAUAAUAUCAACGUCACCUCGAUACACCUUGACAGUUAUGAUGUUCCAUGUGCGACCAAGUCAUCUAAUUUCCCUUUCCUUGUGAAAAGAACCAUAUGGGUCUUGCUGACGUUGAUGAACAAAUUAUGGUACGUACACCAUUAUUCAAUCAUUUGUUGUGCAGUUCAUAUAAGUUAGCAAAGCGUGCAUUCUAAUUUACCGAUUGUAGAAUGACUAAAUCAUGCAGUUUUCUUAUUGAGGCACUCAAUAGCACCUCAUGUUCUACAAGAGCGGUGGUAAACCAGCCUUUAGUCACUUGGCCUCUAAUUGUCUCAUUUAUUCAGCGAAUUUGUAUAACUCUUUUGGAGAGCAUUUUAAAUAUCCAUCCAAUCAUUGCAUCCGGUGUGCCCCUUUUAGUGACUGAAUUUAGAGUUUGUGAACUUUCUCUACGUCAAUGAAUCAACCAAUCAUCAGUGAAUAGAAAAGCGUCAUUAAAUAGAAAUAGAAAUAAAGGCUUAAAGCACAAAU